GGGAGGGUGCGUGGGUGUAUAUCGGAACAUCCAAAGACUAACAUUUAAAUCUGUUUGCCGUGUAGUAAGACACACUGUAAUUUCUUGGCAUUUUUAAAAUUGCGAUUUAUUUACCAGAUUACUAGAUUUUGUCUUAAUUUGAAGAUCGACAAUUGGCUGCUUCGUUGAUUUCCUACGGAAAGUUCGCCAAAUUUUCCCCUCGGGGGUUGGAACUGGACGUUUUUGUGGGCGUGCCUUUGCCGACUGUAUCUAUUAGCUGCUGCUGUAUUCGUUUCGGAGUUCAAUCGGUGGUAUCCCGACCGAAAACGCUAGCCAUAUUGUGUAUCGCUUCUUUCGUGGAAGUGUUACGAAUACCGUUUCAGAAUAAACUUAGGCUGUUAUGCACAGGAAAUCUACUGGUUCAUACCUAAAUUUGCCUUGUCCUCUCCAACCAGAACACAUACGCUAUCUGCUGUUUUCUCGUAAAACAAAACGUGUAUAGCUGUCUUGCUUUUCAGCUUAAAUUGCAUUGCAAAGCAUGCAGAUCACGGCAUCAACCUGGAGAGGAGUUAUUGCGCAUUCCACAGAGUUCCAGGAACCACGAUAACAUUAAGUACAGAGUGUCAGUGGUCGAGGUCCGGCAAUGGAUGGGUGGAGGGGUUUCGCUGCAGCAGGAGCCGAUGAACUGAAGCUCAAACCUGUGCCCAUAAAACCCCAGCUGGACAAAGAAACCCAGCAUACCAGGCAAGAGGAGGGGGGGGAGGAGGGCGUGCCCGUAGAACCAACGCCUAUCAUUGUGAAAAAAGAGGACAUAUCCAACGUGCCUUGUAAGGUUCCAAAAUUCCAGUACGUGGACUUCCCCUCCUUGCACCAGUGUAUUCAGCAAUUAGCCAUACCCCCGCUAGAGAGCUGGCUGGCGAGGUGCCCAGCUGGUUGGCCCCCGAGCCGAGGCUCCAGGGACACUACGGAGAGAGUCCCGAAAUUUAAGUAUGUGGAUUACCCUUCACUGCACCACUGCAUCCAGCAGCUUUCUGUGCCGCCCCUGGAGAGCUGGAGCUCGGGGCUGCCGCGCUCAGUGGGCAGCAGUGGCUUCAGGCUGGGGACUGGAACAGCGGGGCCACCUGGCACUGCCAACCAGGAGCAGGGAAGCCUGGUGUCAGGGCACAAACGGGACAGAGACUCUGUCCUCCCAGGGCCCAGUCCUGGUCCGGUCCAGAAGAAGGUUGCCUCAGACACGACUUCUCAUAAGCAUUCAGUGCGUGUCAUUGGCCAGCCCGAGGCCAAACCGCUGAUUGACAGCUCAGACAGAGGACAGCCCUACACAGGGACUACCAAGGGCAGUGAGUUCCAAAGGCAUAAUGUCCUGGCCCCUCACAGGGCAACAGCCAAAAUGAAGGCGGGUAAAGGGAGGCAGCGCCCUCUUAACAGAAUGUUUUUGGACGUGGAGUCGGACCAAAUGCAGCCUGGAGGCCGACCCGACCUAAGAGACUCUAAGGAUCCUGAGGAGUCCUUCUGGAGAACCGUUACAGAGUCAGUUUGUCCGUUUUGCCAAAAGAUGUUCACAGAUCCAGAGGAGUUAAGAGUUCACCAGAAAAGCCAUCGAGACAAGAAGUCACACUGACAACUUAUCCAUAGACACAUCCCCCAGCCCCGCCUUUCUCCCCAGCUGACUGCCCGCGAGUACCUUCACACCACGCCUGCCUUGACUGCAGAACAGAGCGAUGACCCUGCGCGGGAAGGAACCGAGGUCCGGAUGCCUCAGCAGCCACUCAACACCUGCGAGAGGAAAGGCCUCGGCAGUCCUGCACAGAUGUAGACCCUGCUGUCCCUUAGGGAAACUGCACCCUAAUGUUACUGUACUUUGUUGAUAACAACAGAAAUCACAUAAUUUAAUUAUCCUAAAUAACUGUGGUUAAAAUAUUUUUUGAAAAGAAGUUGUGGUGCCACUUCCCUCUUUGACUCAUCCAUCCGUCAGUAAUACAUUGAGAGUGGGCAUGGUUGCCCCGGUGGUGAAAGCACAUAACUUGGGCAGUUACUUGGGACUUUUCCAGGAUGGGAUGUUAUCUAUAAUAUUAUUAUUUGGUAAUUCUAAUUUUAUAUUUUACCAUAUUAUCGGUGGACAGAUCUAUUUACCAUCAAAAUUUGAUUUUAGAGUAAAGUUCCCCUUUUACUUUUGCCAUAUGAUGCAAAAUGGCUGUGAAAUUUGUGAGGCUGGCUGAUGAAAAGUUUACAGAGUGAGGCUGCUUCGUGGCUUAUCCUGUUAAGCCACUGUUCUCCUGCAUGGAUAGGCCACACAGGCAGGUAUCAAAUCCAGACCGUGCCAGUGCCGACUUUGGCUGGCAGCCCCACCAAGUGUGCAUCACCCAGCGUUGGGAGGACUUCAGUCAGCUAGGAUGUCAUCUCAUCCUGUUCAAGUGAUGCCCACUAGUUCAUAUGUCCACCUGUUAAAGGGGAUACUUAACUUUUUCUUAUUUAAAAUAAAAAAUAAAAAAAAGUAUUUCAGUUUUAAUGUAUGUUCUUCAUUGGCCCAGAGAGUUUUUUUGUGAGAUGAAGGAUAUCUUUGAUUCUUACAGAAGAUUUUGAGGACCUGAAAGCUUUACAAUAAUAGAUAUUGGGCCAUUCACGGGUUUGUGGUAAAGCAAGCAUAUGCAAUUAAAAUAACUCCAAAGCAGCUUGACAACCAUGUUAUGCCUUCAAAGCUUGUAUGCUUGUGUAUUACCUGAUCACUUUUUAAAAAUGAGAAUCUUAUAUUUGGUUAGAACUAUUUCUUAUGGAACAUGCAGCCUGACACUGUUGUGCCCAAAGAAAGAAACAGUGUGGCUUCCAGUGUGAUCGGUACUAUACAUGGACAGAAGAAAUUCACUGCGUGAGAGAGGAAACCUCAAAGCUACAAAUUGACAGGACUGAAAAUGGUGCUUGUGCAGUUUGUGCUUGUGCAGUUCCAAUUUCUGGGGGAAAAAAUGACAAAAUGGACUUGAUGUCACUUUCAACAGUUACUUUUUGACAACCAAGAUUUAUUGACAAUGUGGCUAGUUGUUCUGAAUGAAUGGGAUGUCAGCACACCAGAUCACCUUCCUUCUUCGACCUCUCCCCUAGCCAAUAUCCGUUGCAACUUCUAAUCCAUAAAUUCAGGCCUGAGCAAAUAUGAUUUGGCAGUGUAGCUGAAACUGUUCUGUUUUUUUGUUGGACAAUCACAGCUUCAGUUUCAAUUUGUGAGUAGCUCGGCUAACGUCAGGCAUGCAACAAUGAAAACAGUGUGGUUGGCUGCCCCAUCUCUGGUCCUUGGACGAGAAGAGCUUGCACCACUUGAAAAUUGGGAAGCAAAGAAUUGUCGGCAGAAUAUAAAAAUAAUAAUUGUGAAUAAGCUAUAAAAUUAACGUUCGCAUGUAUAACCUCUGGAAACACAACAAGGGUGUACAAGUUGCUUUGGAGUUGCUUGCAUAUUUCCUUUCUUUAGGCAGGAACCCCUCAAGGCCCGGAUGCUGUAAAGCCGGCCGUCAUUGAAAGUUCUGUACCUAAAAGGUUCUUCAUUGCACACAACAACUGUCUGGGAAAAUCGGAAGGCAUACACUAAAAAAGGAAAUGAAAAAACUACAGAAUGCGAGGUCGUGUCUGCAUGCCCCCCCACUUGCGAACUGCUGUGUGAUAAGCAGCAGUUGACAUCUUGCUAUAGAGCAGGGAUCAUCAACUCUGGCCCUCAAAUCCAAAUCCAGCCCUGGUUUUCUUUUCUCUCGAGUAAUUAGUGCUACUGAUUGGCCAGACUGUCUUCACACCUGACUCCCAGGCAAAGGGAGGGUGGAAAACAAGCAGUUCUCGGCCCUCGAGGACCAUGAGUUGCUGAUCCCUGCUAUAGAGGAUAGCAGCGUGAGCAUGUUUGGGCAUUCCAGAUUGGGGGAAAAAGGAAAGGGGGGACAAAAAAUUAAAGGUCUAGAGCAGGGGUGUCCAAUCUUAUCCAUGAAGGGGUGGUGUGGGUGCAGGUUUUUGUUUUCGCCCAACACUAAGACACGUGAUUCUACUUAUAAAGGUCUUGGUGAAGACCAUGAUUAGUUAAUUAGUUGAAUCAUAUGUAGUGCAGGGCUAAGACAAAAACCUGCACCCACGUCGGCCCUUUUCGGAUAAGAUUGGACAUCACUGGUCUAAAGAGAGCUCUGCUAGUGCCGUUUGCCAUCCCUCCUUCUGAAAACUAACCCACCCUCCUCCCUUUUUGUGCCAUGUUUUGAAGCGGUUCCUAACAAUAAUGCUGAGAGCAAGAGAAUCACUUCCAAUCACUCUUACUAAAAGCACAGACAUUUUAAUUGUGAGAACUGGGAGAGAUGACUGCAGAGCUGCAGCUGGGGGGCACACAGAUUUUUAUUCUCUAGAGUUUCUUUGGCCCUAAUUUAGCUUAUUGUGUGGCUGGUGAGGAAAAACCAACAAUUCUCAUGUCUCAAAUGUCAGAAACACAAAAGAAAACUUUCAUUUUGUAUGGCAUAAUAUCUGAGGAUUUUGCCAAAUGUUUCUUCUUAAAAAAGGAUACGCAUAUUUAGAUUUUAUGUGCUUUUUUGUGGAGUAUAUUCAAUCAAUCAAUCAAAUUUUGUAUCUUUACAGCACUCUUAAAUUGUCGUUGUGCACAGUGUGCAUUACGAAGUAGUGGAAAUCGGUGGUGGACAUUUUACCAUAUGGCUUUGAUUAGAUACUACAGCCUGAGAAUCUUCGAGGAGUGUUGGCAGUACAGUAGCAUCUUCAGCUCUGGUGGUGUUGGAAAAAACUAUUCAGUUUAUCGGGUGCCUCUGUAGUCAUGAGAUUUGCUUACUCCACAAUAAGCUAAACGAGGAGAAUAAUCACAAGCUUUAGGACGUAAUCUAAUUAUCUUUGUUUAUAUUUUUAAUAUGUUCAAUGGUAAUUCAGCCAUAUUUUACUUAGUCUAGAUUGUGUGCUUUUGUUUAGUGUUGUUUUAAGAUGUUUCAUUGUUAUGUGCGCAUUAAAUAUAAUUUUUUGAAACAA